AGCCACUUCUUGCCUAAGAAUUGCUCCACCCGCUAGAAAAUUGCAUCGCAUAUUUCGUGGAUUGAAAUGUCGUAUAUAAAUCUAAAAAGAAAAAUAGCAUACAUAAAUAACUAAAAUAGAAGCCGCGCGGCGCUCUUUGGACUUUUCAAACUGGGCUAAUGUUUCUGUGGUACUUCUUUCCCAUGCUUUCCGUUGGGCAACACCCAACUACACCUCUCUAUAGUUCUUCACUACUCGUACGGGAAGGUAAGAGGAACUUGCUUUUCUGGAGGGAAUUAUUGUUUGUCAAUCAAGAAUGCCUCAACUGGAUAAAUUCACUUAUUUCACACAAUUCUUCUGGUCAUGCCUUUUCCUCUUUACUUUCUAUAUUCCCAUAUGCAAUGAUGGAGAUGGAUUCCUUGGGAUCAGCAGAAUUCUAAAACUACGGAACCGACUGGUUUCACAGCGGGGGAACAACACCCGGAGCAACGACCCCAACAGUUUGGAAGAGAUUUUGAGAAAAGGUUUUAGUACCGGUGUAUCCUAUAUGUACUCUAGUUUAUUCGAAGUGGCAAAAUGGUGUAACGCCGUCGACUUAUUGGGAAAAGGGAGGAAAAUAACUUUGAUCUCUUGUUUCGGAGAAAUAAGUGGCUCACGAGGAAUGGAAAGAAACAUAUUCGAUUUGAUCUCGAAGUCCUCAUAUAGCACUUCUUCCAAUCCUGGAUGGGUGAUCGCUUGUAGGAAUGACAUAAUGCUAAUCCAUGUUCCACACGGCCAAGGAAGCAUCGUUUUUUAAUCUCAUUAUGACCGGAAGAGAUUCUUUCUCGAUCAGAAUAGUGGAAUGGAAGGCGCUACAAGAAAGGUAUACCCCUUUUCAUUUCAAAUCGCCCCAGACGUUCAGAAAGGUUAUCGAGAUUCUCAAUCGCUCUUUUUAGUGGGGAGGAAUAGUGCGGGAAGGGAGCGAGACCGAGCCGAGCCACUAGGAGAGUAAGCCCUUCCCACGUGUCAAAAUGAAUGCAGCCUCAACCCGAGAGAUCAA